AUAUUGAGAAUCCAUAUAUCGCCUGAAUUUCUUCAUAAUUCCCACCUAUCGAAACGAGCCCUAAAUUUCCCUUAUUUCAUUAGACCCUUGAUUUCCCCAUAUAACGCGCAUUUAGACAGAGAGUCAUCAGCAAUGUUCCUCGUGGGCAUGACCUGUUUUCUUAGCGACGGUCGGGCGCCGCAUCUGUAAAUUGUAUUCAAAUUGAGUGGUUGCAGAUCCAUACGCCAUGUUAAUUUCCUCUAUCUAGGCCAUGUCGUUGCAGGCCUCUAAUGUCGAUUCCUAGGCCAAAGCCUUGCAGUAUCUAUACCUAUUUCAAUCCCUUCUUACCAGAAAACCAGCAGACCCUAAAUGCCAUAUCCACAGCUGUUCAAAGCAGGGCAAAUUUUGACUCCUCUCUCCGGAAAUUAGUCCCCAAUUUAACAGCAAACCACGUUGUUCACCUUAUUUUCUCUCAUCCAUCACAAGACCCACCUUCUCUACUCUCUUUCUUCAAAUGGGUUGCUGCCCAAAAGGGUUUUCGCCACACCAUUCAGUCAUAUUGCGCCAUGACCCACUUUCUUUCUCUACACAGGAUGGUCCCUGAAGCUCUCUCUCUCCUCAAAACUGUGGUCUCUCGCAAGGGCCGAGACUCUGCUUCUUCGGUAUUUAAUGCGCUCCUCGAAACCCAAGGGGAAGAUGUGCAAUGCCAUGACCAACGUUCUCGCUCUACAUCUUUUGAGCUUCUGAUGAACGUUUACAUUGAUUCUGGCUUCAUAUCAGAUGCAAUUCAAUGCUUGAGACUGGUAAAAAAACAUGGUUUUAAGCUUCCAUUUCAAGCAUGCAAUUACCUUAUGGACUGCAUCAUGAAAUCGAAUACUCCAGCUGCUGCUUGGGCCUUUUACUCUGAGAUUCUGGACUAUGGGUUUCCACCAAAUGUUUAUACUUUCAACAUGAUCAUGCAUUCAUUCUCUAGAAUUGGAAAAAUUAAGGAAGCACAGCUCUUGUUUCGUGAAAUUGGGAAUCGAGGGCUCACUCCCUCUGUGGUGAGUUUCAACACUCUGAUCAAUGGUUUAUGCAAGAAGGGUGAUUUAGAGGGCGGGUUCUCUUUGAAAAGGUUAAUGGUGGAAGAGGGAAUUGCACCUGAUGUUGUAACUUACAGUGUGCUAAUCAAUGGCUUAUGUAGAGAGAGAAAGAUUGAACAAGCUUGUGAUUUGUUUGAUGAAAUGAAUGAGAGAGGCCUGGUCCCUAACAGCAUCACCUUCACGACUCUCAUUGACGGCUAUUGUAAAGAGGGAAACAUAGAAAAAGGUCUGCAAAUAUAUCAAAAAAUGAUGAAAAAAGGCUUGAAACCAGACCUAGUAACGUAUAAUUCACUAAUAUAUGGGCAUUGCAAAGUGGGGGAAUUGAAAGAAGCAAGAGAGCUUUUCUUUGAGAUCAGAAAGAUGGGUUUGAGGCCUGAUAAGAUAACCUACACAACUUUGAUUGAUGGUUUCUGUAAGGAAGGAGAUAUAAAAGCUGCCAUGGAAAUUCGAAGAGAAAUGGUGAAGGAAGGAAUUGAAUUGGAUAAUGUAGCUUAUACUGCUCUCAUUGCAGGGCUUAGCCGAGAGGGUUGGAUCCCUGAUGCACAAAAAGCACUUAGGGAGAUGCUAAGAGAGGGGUUAACACCUGAUGUGGCCACUUACACAAUGGUGAUUGAUGGCUAUUGUAGGAGAGGUGACGUGAUGAUGGGGUUUAAGUUAUUGGAGGAGAUGAAAAUUAAUGGAAUUGUUCCUGGAGUGAUCACAUAUAAUGUACUCAUGAACGGGUUGUGUAAACAAGGGCAGAUGAAGAAUGCAGGGAUGCUUUUGAAUGCUAUGCUUAACCUUGGGAUUGCGCCUGAUGAUGUUACAUAUAAUAUAUUGUUGGAUGGGCGUUGCAGGAGUGAGGGAUCAAAGGAACUGGUAAAGUUGAGAGGGGAGAAGGGGCUGGUUUCUGAUUAUGCAGCUUAUUCAUCUCUUAUCAGUGAGGUUGGGCAGAGGUCCAGAGAUCGUGGGGCUAGAUGAAUGUGUGAUUGUUGUACAGUAUUCCAUGACUGUUUUAGAGGGGAAUUCAGAGAAUAAGUACACAUGUUAUUGGGAUUACGGCCCCUCUCUCAUACACACGCGCAUGCAUCUGCA